CAGCACUGCAUAAGCCACAGUCACGCUCCCACAUUAACCCCUUGGCGCAUAAAGAUUUUCAUAUUGUGACCCAGGUCGACUCCUCUUUUAAGAGACGUGGGAUGCGACGUGUGCCAUCCAAACCUGUCCGAACACCUGCUGGGGGAGGAGCGUCCAGAUGGACGUAAAGAUAAGGCAAAUAAAUAAACAUACGAUAGGGGGAAGGAGAAUAGGAAAUUCCCUUCUGUCUUUAACUCUUCCCGGUAUGUGCAGCGCAGUGUUGGCGACACCACCGGGUAGCUGUGCGCAUUUUUUCUCGAUCUAAGGAGGGGACCACAGCAACAUUUCUGACCCGAAGUGGAAAGAAACGCUGCAAUCUGCUAAAUGAGGGGGACGUUGCGGAUUUUUCUUUUAUUUUGAAAGCUUUUUUAAUGCCCUGACGCAGGAGGAAAGCACCCGAUGCCCCCUCCAAACGGGAUAUUUGACAGAUCUAUGGAGUGUUGAUUUAUAUUCCGUUAUUUUCCUAAAAUAUCAUUUUGAACGAACAGAGGAGCCUCGCUUGCGCAGCAUUUUUCAUUGGCCUAUUUUUUAAAUAAUUGCUUUAGGUCAAAGGAAUAGCUUCCAAUACCAGUUGAGUGUUACAUAAUCGAGUGGCUUUAACUGUCCAAGGUGCUGAAGUGAACGCUCGGAGCCUGUAACGGGACGCGCCGUGUGGAAUUCACAACCUUGCAAGAUCACAGGCCUAACAAUUGGGGAAGAGGAAAGCACGGGAUCCGCUCACUGAAACCACUGGUGAAACCGCUGGGUUUUGUUCAUCUUUUUCUUUUUUUACAUCGUCCAGUAGUGAGAUACGUUCCUGAGGUGGUUCAUUCAACGGAGAGAAAAUGUCGGGGCAAACGCUCACGGAUCGCAUUGCCGCUGCGCAAUACCAGCUAACGGGAUCAGAUAUGGCCCGGGCUGUCUGCAAAGCCACCACUCAUGAAGUGAUGGCGCCCAAGAAAAAGCACCUAGACUACCUGGUGUCAGCCACCAAUACCACCAACGUGAACAUCCCUCAGAUGGCUGACACGUUGUUUGAGCGAGCCACCAAUGCCAGCUGGGUGGUCGUCUUCAAGGCCCUUGUCACCACUCAUCACAUGUGUGUCUAUGGCAAUGAGAGGUUCAUUCAGUAUUUGGCUUCCAGGACCUCCCUGUUCAACCUCAGCAAUUUUAUUGACAAAACUGGUGCUCACGGCUACGACAUGUCAACAUUUAUUAGACGGUACGGACGAUAUCUGAACGAGAAAGCCUUUGCCUACCGCCAGAUGGCUUUUGACUUCACCAGAGUCAAGAAGGGUGCUGAGGGUGCGAUGAGAACCAUGACCACUGAGAAGCUGUUGAAAGGCAUGCCUGUUCUGCAGACUCAGAUUGACACACUCCUGGAAUUUGAUGUUCACCCCAAGGAGUUGAAUAAUGGGAUCAUCAAUGCUGCAUUUAUGCUGCUCUUCAAGGACCUGGUCAAACUGUUUGCAUCCUACAAUGAUGGAAUCAUCAACCUGCUAGAGAAAUAUUUCAAGAUGAAAAAAAGUGAUUGCAAGGAGGCCUUGGAGAUCUACAAGAGGUUCCUGACCAGGGUGACAAAGAUUGGGGAAUUCAUGAAGCUGGCUGAGAUAGUUGGAGUUGACAAAAACGACAUUCCUGACAUUAACUAUGCUCCCAGCAGUAUCCUGGAGUCUCUGGAAACACACAUGAAUGGUCUGGAGGAUACAAAGGGUGGAAAAAAGGGUGAAGGGUCUCCAACAAAGGGAUCUCCGACAAACAAUGUGUCUCCAACAUCGACUCCUGCCAAAUCUUCAAAUGCUGUUCCUGCACUGCAGCCUCCACCUGGGGAGAGUGCCGCCUCUGCCGCUGCCGCUGCCGCUGAGCCGGCUGAAGAUUCUUUGCUGGACCUGGAUCCAUUGUCCUCCUCAGGUCCUUCUGCACCAUCAGCUGGCCCCACGUCCUGGGGAGAUCUUCUUGGUUCAGAAAUGGGGGAUUCCUUGCUAUCUGAACCCACUCUCACGGCAGAGCCCGCCCCCUCCUCUGCAGCAGCGCCACCCACUCUUGCAGCGGCAGAACCUGAAGCCUCUCUAGCUCCUCCCACUAGUACAGCAGCUGCCACCUCCCCUGGUGCCACCAAUAUGGAUCUGUUGGGAGACGCCUUCGCGACACCUGCUCCUGCCAGUGAGGCGUCUGCAGCAGUGGCUGAAGGCGGGGCUGCCGCUACCUUCUCCCAAGCCGCCAAUGGUGGAGCUGAGUCCACAGGAGGAGAUGCCCCAGCUGCUGCUGCUGCUCCUGCGGCCCCUGGUGCUGAGCUUAUGUCAGUAUUUGAUGGACUAGGGGAUAUAAUGAAACCCACUGUUGCCCCUCAGACAGGUGAUGUUGACACCUCCAUGGCUAACAUGGCAAGUAAUCUCACAAUGGGAACCCCAGCGGCCCCUCAGGUAGCUCCCCCCAGUUGGGGUGCACCCAUGCUGGGAGCACCAGGUGUUGGAGCUCCCAUGAUGCCCAUGGUGAGGCCAGGCUUCCCUGCCACCGGAGCAACCCCUGGAGCACCGGUAACACCCUUAUUCUUAAUUUUAUUAUACAUACAUUUAUACCUAAAGGUUACACAUACUCUAGCAUAA